AUGAUGAUGAUGAUGAUGAUGAGAGCUGGCUAUAGUAACAGCAGUAGUAGUAGUUCAAAUGGAGUAGUAGUGAUCAUAUUUGUGUUGAUAGUGCUAUUAAAAUCACCAUCUACUUUGGGCAAUGGGAACUUGUUUGAAGAGUUGGAGUUGACAUGGGGUGGCCACCGAGCCAAAAUACUCGACGGAGGCAAGCUUCUCACCCUCUCUCUCGACACCAUUUCUGGCUCUGGUUUCACUUCCAAGAGACAAUACCUCUUUGGUAGAAUCGACAUGCAACUUAAGCUCGUCGCCGGCAACUCCGCCGGCACCGUCACCGCCUACUAUCUAUCUUCGGAAGGAGGAAAUCAUGAUGAAAUUGAUUUUGAGUUCUUGGGGAAUGUGAGUGGAGAGCCUUACAUAGUUCACACGAAUGUGUACACACAAGGAAAAGGAGAGAGAGAGCAACAAUUCUACCUAUGGUUUGACCCCACCAAGAAUUUCCACACCUACUCCAUUGUUUGGAACCCUCACAACAUCAUAUUCAUGGUGGACAACACUCCCAUAAGAGUAUUCAACAACGAGGAAAGAAGAGGAGUACCAUUCCCCAACAAGCAACCAAUGAAGCUAUACUCGAGUCUAUGGAAUGCUGACCAAUGGGCCACAAGAGGAGGCUUAGUGAAGACCGAUUGGUCCAAGGCUCCCUUCAAAGCCUACUACCGGAACUUCAACGUCGCCAACGCUUGCGUGGCGUCUCCAUCAUCGCCCCCGUGCACUGCCAAGUCAUUCGCCAAUGCAUCGGUGCCACGAGGGCUCGACCCCCGCGGCAGAAGGAGGCUUAGGUGGGUGCAAAAGUACUACAUGAUUUACAACUAUUGCAAUGAUCUCAAACGAUUCCCUCAAGGCCUCCCAAGGGAAUGUCGUUUUACUAAGUUCUAGCCUAGCAAAUCGAACCUAUAAAAGCGAAAAAAAAAUUGUGAAGUAAAAAAGUUUGUGAAAAUGAAUUUAUGUAUGUUUGUAUGCAUGUUUUGUUUGUAAAAAGAGGUAUAAUUAAAUUAAGUGGAGUUUGUAAUUAAUUUUAUCUAGGGUCCUUAAAAUAUUACAUCUUUUUUAUGCAUUUUGGACCAA